UGAUGAUUAGCUGAUGGGCCGAGUGGGCUUCUUUUCGUCGUCGUCGUCCUCCCCACCCCCUCCCCGGUCGUAGCUGAGAAGGGGAAGGGAAGCAGCAGGGGGGGGAGAAGGGAAAGGGGUAGGCUAGGGUUUCAUCCGAUCUCACCCACAGCCAGGCAGGCAGCGAUGAAGAACUCCGCCUCGCCCGCGGUGGACUGGGGGGACGACUCCGCGGGGGAGAUGGACUCCGAGGACACCGCUGCCGCAGCCUCCAUGGGCAUGGUCGGCAUCGCCAGCAUGAUGGAGGUCGACGCCGACGACCGCCACCCCCCGUCUGCCGCACCAUCACUCCCCAUCGACGCCGACUUCUUCAACGCCUUCCCGGACGACUUCGACGACCAAGACCUCGACUGACCGACCCUCCCUCUAGGCCAGGCAGCCAGUGGCGGUUGUAUAUCAACCUACCUAUAUAUGGACAUCUCGUAUUGCUGCCCAGGAACCACAAGUCAGUGAUGACCUUCUGUUGCAGCUCUGGUGUUGUAUUGUCAGUUGUGUUUGUGUACCAUUCCAAUUCGACCUUAACUGGUUACGGGCAGCGGUAUGUACAUGAAUAAGAAUAUGUUCUGUUGUGCAGUACCGCAAGUUAAUGCAAAUGUUCUUGCUGGUUGAAUCCUUUGCUGCUGUAAUCUGUAAUGUGAUGAUGGACUCGCGCCUCGUACUUUUUAUUGAAUACAAAUCUGAACAUUUGCAUUGUAUGUA